CAGACGACACUUCUGCUCAGCGAGCCGCCAUCUUAAAACCCGGGAGAAAAUUUCUUCAGAAACAUCUCUACCCUUCGUAACAGGUUCUUUAUUUCAACAUCACCAAAAAGGUUUAAAAGCGGAGAUCAGCCGACACUCGAGCUUGUCGUCUGCGCUGGCUUUCCUCAGCUCUCACCUUCGCUACCCCGUCAGAAACAUGGCUGCCAUGACUGGCUGCUUACAGAGGACUCGCACCAGAACGCUGAGCAUGCUGGUAACCCUGACAACCCUCCUCUGCAUCCAGAUCCCUCUGACUUUACAGGGCUCCGCGAUGGGCACGGGUUACUAUAGUGACAACAUGGUUGGAUUUACACCUAUCCUGCCGCGGUCAGAGCGCAGACAGAUGCAGCGGGAGAUCCUGAGUCUGUUAGGCCUACAGCAGCGGCCCCGCCCGCCUACAGCAGGCAAGAAGAACUCCGCGCCCAAGUUCAUGUUGGAUCUGUACAAGGAAGUCGCACGCGGAGAGAACGAGACGGGGAUUAUCUUCCACCCGGAUCUGCCGGAUUACGACUUACAGGAGCCGUUUUAUAACUACAUCCGCGACAAGCAGGCUCUCCAGGACGCUGACAUGGUCAUGAGCUUCGUGAACCACGUGGAGAACGAUGGCUCCGGACAACACCGCAGACAUGCCCGGAUGUUCCGGUUUGACAUGACCAAGGUUACAGACGACGACGUCGCGACGUCAGCGGAAUUCCGGAUGUACAAGGAGAAAAAUGGCGGCGGCUACACCAACAUGUCCUACACUGUCACGGUGUACAGGGUCACUGGGGAGGGUAGCGGGAGGAACCAAGAACUCCAGUAUUUAGACACACUAUUCACCAUCUCGUCCCAGGAGGGGUGGUUGGUGUUUGAUGUAACAGCCGCCCUGGGAAAGCCUCCCUAUACCGAGCUUGUCUUACACGUGUCUAUGGAGACCCUGGAUGGUCACAGCGUGAAUCUUCACCGCGGCGGAGUGAUCGGUCGGCGGGGUCCUGAAGAGAAGCGGCCAUUCGUGGUGGGGUUCUUCAAGUCGAGCGGUCAGAAGGCUCGGGUGCGCCGGGCUCGGUCCGUGGGGCGGAGCCGCAACCGGAACCGCCAGACGCAAUAUUCCUCGUUUCACGGCGCCAUGGACGUUGGUGGGGAGUUCAACUAUCGCGGCCCGCAUGUGUGUCAGCGCCGCAGUCUCUACGUCAGCUUCCGCGACCUCGGCUGGCAGGACUGGAUUAUCGCUCCCGAUGGCUACGCGGCCUACUACUGUUUCGGGGAGUGUUCGUUCCCGCUGAACGCGCUCAUGAACGCCACGAACCACGCCAUCGUGCAGACACUGGUGCACCUCAUGAACCCGCAGCACGUCCCCAAACCCUGCUGCGCGCCCAUCAAACUAUCCGCCAUCUCCGUGCUCUACUUUGACGAGUCUUCAAACGUCAUUCUCAAGAAGUACAGAAAUAUGGUCGUCAAGUCCUGUGGCUGUCACUGAUGGCGCCAUCUAUCCGUCUAUCCGUCACCCGUCUCUUGACUGGUAAAGGAACAGCAGACAACAGAAUAUGAAGACGUCACUAUGACGUCAUGAUCUACUUGUUGUUGUACGUCAUCACUUCUUGUUUGAAGGCCUCCAUGACCGACAGAAAUGGCGAUGCCACGUGACUAUCAUAUCACAAGCUGUAAGAUACGUGAUUCCAACAGCCCGUAUCGCAUAUCACGUUUAUCAUGUAUUGACAUACUCCUUGAUGCACCUACAUGACAGAACUGCCCAUAUUUAACUUAUGUACAGUUUACUUUUCGACCUAAAUAAGUUAUUGUUUGUGUUUACUAUUAAAAGUCGUUAGCGUUUGCGUUAACAUAGUCACGACUCUUGGUCACGAUAAGCACUGUUAACAAAAUAUCUCAGAUGUAAUUUGUCGACAAUCGCGUAUUUUGCCAUUGGUGACCUAUUGAAGGUGUACUUGAAGCGCUGCCUUGCGAAAUGUUUAGUAUUGUUUACCAAUGCAAUUGCAUCUACUAGAUGAAUGAAGAUUUCGGAUACUUCGGUCCGUUCUACCUUCACAUGACAGUGUUUACACUAUGUACAUCGUUACACCUCAGUAUUAUCUAUUUAACUUCAUUUUGUACGACAUUCCUGGGCAAAGUUACAAUUAGUACCCAUUCCAGAUAUUUAGUGGAUAUAUGACCGCUGUUGGAAAACAGCAAAAUGUAAAUUUCACAUUGUGUUUGUAGUAAAAAAAAGGAUUUUAUUUAUUUCUACGUAUGUGGGAGCUAUCUAAUGUAUUCACCAUUCAUGUAUCAUGACUGGUGUGUAUGCAGUGCGAACAGUUGUAGUAAGGUGUCGCUGUUGCUCCGACCUAGCCUCGUAUGACUCUGAACGUGAGGACGUGAUUGUGUGUCGGAAGUGACUCCUGGUGAUAACGUUAACGUUAAAUGGAAUACAGUAAAGACACGAAAACACUUUAAUGAAAAUUGUGUCGUAAUUCACAACGCUGGUGUCCUGACAUAGCACGAGAGAAUGGCACUGUGCUGGACUACUCAUGUAAAUAAACAGAAAAAACUCAA